AUGAAAACCUGCUCUGGGACCACAUCCGUCUUAGUGCGGCUCAGGACACUUAUGUACGUCUUGUGUCCUGCAUUGCCCCGUGUACUGAACCACAGGACACACAGCAGCAGGAAGGCACUUGACCCUCACUAUUGUCACAAGCCAUGUCACCACUGCACGCUUAUCUUGUCUACACUUCUACAAUUAUCUGUCCCAGCCCUUCACAGUCUCUCCCAGCCCCUCACAGCCUCUCCCAGCCCCUCACAGCCUCUCCCAGCCCCUCACAGCCUCUCCCAUCCCCUCACAGUCUCUCCCAGCCCCUCACAACCUCUCCCAGCCCCUCACAAACCUCUCCCAGCCCCUCACAGUCUUUCCCAGCCCCUCACAGCCUCUCCCAGCCCCCCUCACAGCCUCUCCCAGCCCCCUCACAGCCUCUCCCAGCCCCUCACAGUCUCUCCCAGCCCCUCACAACCUCUCCCAGCCCCUCACAACCUCUCCCAGCCCCUCACAACCUCUCCCAGCCCCUCACAACCUCUCCCAGCCCCUCACAGUCUCUCCCAGCCCCCUCACAACCUCUCCCAGCCCCUCACAACCUCUCCCAGCCCCUCACAGUCUUUCCCAUCCCCUCACAGUCUCUCCCAGCCCCUCACAGCCUCUCCCAGCCCCUCACAACCUCUCCCAGCCCCUCACAGUCUUUCCCAUCCCCUCACAACCUCUCCCAGCCCCUCACAGUCUUUCCCAUCCCCUCACAGUCUUUCCCAUCCUCUCACAGUCUCUCCCAUCCUCUCACAGUCUCUCCCAUCCUCUCACAGUCUCUCCCAUCCUCUCACAGUCUCUCCCAGCCCCUCACAGCCUCUCCCAUCCUCUCACAGUCUCUCCCAUCCUCUCACAGUCUCUCCCAUCCCCUCACAGUCUCUCCCAGCCCCUCACAGUCUCUCCCAGCUUCUCACAGACUCUCCCAGCCCCUCACAGUCUCUCCCAUCCUCUCACAGUCUCUCCCAUCCCCUCACAGUCUCUCCCAUCCUCUCACAGUCUCUCCCAGGCUCUCACAGACUCUCCCAGCCCUAAACACUCCCAAACACCCCUUCCCCACCCCCUUCAAAGACCCCUAACGGCCUAACAUCC